AUGAGGGAUAUCAAGAUUCGUCCUCUGACGGUGGAAAUUUUAAGCAGCAAUAAUCCGUUUUCUGCAGAUAGAGAGUACGAAAUACCAUGCCAAACAGUGGGUUCCAGGCCUCCUGCAAAAAUAUCAUGGAUUAUGGACGGAAAAGAGCUUCAACCACCUAAAUAUAAUAUUUCGCAAACGGACUCCCCAGAUGGAAACUCGACCAUGUCAAAGAUCUCAUUCAUCCCCACGAGACUAGACAAUGGACGAACGCUUACGUGCAGAGCAUCUAAUCACCUGGUCCAGAACGGUGUAGAAGAACAUAGCGUGAAAUUGAACGUUUUCUAUGUGCCCAUUCUCCACCUGUCCUUGGGCUCCAACCUGAAUCCCGAGGACAUCGAAGAGGGAGACGAUGUUUAUUUUGAAUGCAAAGUGAACGCCAACCCCUGGGCAUACAAAGUUCUAUGGAAGCACAAC